AUGGUCCAUGUUGAAGAGAAAACAAAGGCUGUGAUUCUUGUAGGAGGAUACGGGAGUAGGCUCAGACCAUUAACAUACACUGUACCUAAACCUCUGGUUCCAUUUGCAAACAAGCCAAUCUUAAGACACCAAAUAGAAGCUCUUGUGCAGGCAGGCGUUAAAGAAAUCAUCCUAGCACUAAACUACUACUCAGAGCUCAUAAUACAAGAGGUAAGAGAUUAUUCAGAGGAAUUCGGCAUCACCAUCACAUACUCUAAGGAGCAGGAUCCUCUUGGCACUGCAGGGCCAUUGGCACUUGCAAAAAGACAUCUUGAUGGAUGCACUUUUUUUGUUCUGAAUUCAGAUGUGAUAUGCAGGUUUCCACUUCUUGAGAUGCUUGCAUUCCAUCACAAACAUGGUAAGCAGGGAACAAUCCUCUCAACAACUGUUGAUGAUCCAAACAGAUACGGAGCAAUCGUUCUUGAGCAGAAUACAGCCAGUGUCAAGUCAUUCCUUGAAAAACCAAAAAACUCUCCCACAAACAGAAUAAAUGCAGGCAUAUAUAUAUUGGAAUCCUCAGUGCUAGAUAUAAUAGAAUUAAAGGAAUGCUCUAUCGAGCGAGAGAUCUUUCCUGCAAUGGCUGUAGAGAAAGAACUUCAAGUGUUUGAUCUCAAGGGAUUCUGGAUGGACAUAGGACAGCCUGCAGAUUACAUAAAGGCACAGGGACUGUAUCUCAAGCACAUACAGGGCAGUGAUGCAGUUGAAGACCUCAGAUGCUGCAUCUCGAUUGAAAAUAAUGUGGUGAUUGGAAAGAAUGUCAAAAUGGGAAGAAAUGUGACAAUCAUCAAUAGCACCGUCUUUGACAACGUGGAAAUAGGAGAUAACGUCAUCAUUAAAGACAGCAUUAUUGGGUGGUGCACCAAAAUCGGUGAAGAUGCUUCGGUUGUAGGUUUUAGUGUCCUUGGAUACGCCACUAUGGUUCAAAAGUCCACAACACUUGAAUCGGUCAAAAUGCCAUCGGACACCAGCAUCAACAGUAUAUAA